AUGUUCAGUCAAGGAACUGGUUAUGGGUUAAUCAUUGGAUUAGGUGCUGCUUUUGCCUUAAUGAUGCUUUUUACGUCGAAAUUAUUAGCCAAAUAUUUUGGAGAAGUUCAAGAUUCUGAAAUGUUAAUGACUGCUAAACGUAGUAUAUCACUGAAAGGUCUAUUGGCCUCUAGUAUAGUCAGUACAUGGACUGUUGGUGCAACUUUAUUGCUUUCCACUACUGCUGCCUAUAAGAAUGGUGUUGCAUCUGCAUAUUGGUAUGGUGCUGGUGCUUGUGUUCAAAUGAUUAUUUUCUCCUGUAUGGCUCUUGAAAUGAAGAGAAAGGCUCCCAACUGUCAUACUUAUCAAGAAAUUGUUGCCGUUAGAUAUGCACGUCAUACGCAUAUAAUUGCUUUCCUGUAUUCUACAAUUCAGAUGGUUACUCAUACUGUGAACCUUCUUAUUAAUGGUCUGUCAAUUUUUGCAAAUAUUACAGGAAUGAAUAGAGAUGCAGCUACUACUUUGUUCCCUAUUGGUGUUAUAAUCUAUACUUUAGCUGGUGGUAUCAAAGCUACUUUCUUAACAGAUUGGACACAUACUGUGAUCAUCUUUGGGAUCUUACUUAUGUUUAUGUUCAACACCUAUGCUACAAGUGAUAUUGUUGGUUCUCCUGAUAAAUUAUGGGACCUCUUAACAGAAACUGCUGCCAGAAGACCUAUCGUAGGUAAUGCUCAAGGAAGUUUGAUGACUUUAAGCUCCGUUCAAGGUGGUCUUUUUGGUUUAGUUCUUUUUGGAUCUGGUUGGGCUGCUUCUGUCGAUUCUCAACUUCUUCAAAAAGCUAUUGCUGCUGCCCCAGAACAGGUUUGUGCUUCUUAUAUCUUGGGUGCACUCGCUUGGUUUACGAUUCCUUUUUGCUUAGCUACAACACUUGGUUUGGCCGCUGCUGGUAUUGAAAGUCACCCACUGUUCCCAACUUACCCUAAUUUGAUGAAUUCUCAACAAAUAGCUGAUGGAUUGGUUAUGCCUUAUGCUGCUUAUGCAUUGAUGGGUAAAGGUGGUGUUGGAGCUGUUUUGGUUAUGAUUUUUAUGGCAGUUACUGCAGCCUACUCUUCAGAAACUAUUGCAGCCUCUGCUUUGGUAACCCAUGAUAUUUAUAAAAGAUAUAUUGAUCCUAAUGCUAGUGGUAAGAAGCUUGUCUGGGUAUCACAUUCUAUUGUUUGUGCAUUUGGGGUUGUUACUAUAGCUUUGGCAAUUGCGUUAGCCCAUGCUGGAUUUAAUGUUGCAUUUAUCACUACAGUUGCUGGUAUUAUUGUUAAUGUUAAUGUUGUUCCUAUGGCAGCUACUAUCUUUUGGAGGAGAAUGAGUAGUUUCGCUUACAGUGUAGGUACGAUUUUAUGUACCUGUAUUUCACUUUCUGUUUGGUUUGGAUUCACUAUGUAUCAAUCAGGAAAGAUUACUUUAAUUACAUUAUCUACAAAUGAAGCUUUAGCUGCUGGUAAUACAGUGGCCGUUGGUGCACCAUUAAUUAUUGUACCUAUUUUAGUUUGGAUUAAACCAGCCAAUUUCGAUUGGAAUACUUGGAAGGAAGAUAUUAAACAAGAUGAUAAUGUUGAAUAUGAUCAUGAUCAUGAUUUAAAGGGAGUUCUCAGUCAAGAUGAAAACACACAAUUUGAAUUGGAUAAGAAUGCAAAAUUACAUCAAACCUUACUCAGACAAAGAAAGAUUGGAUUUGCAACUACAUUAGUAUUUGUAUUAUUUUUCCUUCUUCUAUUCCCUAUUCCAUUAUAUGCUUCGAGAUAUGUAUUCAGUAAGACAUUUUUCAGAGGUUGGAUUGUGGUUAUGUUUAUUUGGGGUUUCUUUGGAAGUUUUACAGUAAUUGUAUAUCCAAUUUGGGAAGCCAGACGAACUUUCAAAGCAUUAUUUAUGAUUUUCCUUGGAAAGGCCCCACAAAUAAGUGAUGAAUUGAACUAUGUUAAAUCUAGAGAAGAUGUCGUAUCAAUUGAAUCAAUGGGAGCAAGUGAUUCAAUUGAAUCAUCGACAAGAAAGAAGGAUGAGAAACUGGUUGGAAUUAUUACGGAGAUCAAAUGA